AUGAGUUGUAAGGGUCUUGUUGAGCUGAUUGUCCUGAACAUUGGCCUGCAAGCCAAGAUUUUGAGCACCCGCACCUUUACCAUUUUCGUGGUGAUGGCCCUGGUCACCACCUUUUUGACUACCCCGCUCACCACGAUUCUCUAUCCAUCCUGGUAUCAACUCAAGGUGGCGCGAUGGCGACGUGGGGAAAUCGAUUGGGACGGCAACCCUGUUCAUCAGGAUAGCCGCGCCGAUAGUGUCUCUGCUGUGAAGGAUCAAUUGAAGACUGUUCCCGUUCGAAAGCUUCUGGUCUAUCUUCGCUUAGAUGGGCUUUCAGGAAUCUGCACCCUGGCGGCUCUUUUGAGCUCUAACCGAAAAGUGGCGCUAUCAUCGCCCCAGGUGCACCCGUCAAAGAAGCAGAAGCAGUCCGAGCAAUCCGUUGAAGACGCAGUCUCCACGGAAGAUGACAAGGAGACCACCCUCCGCGUUCAUGGUGUGCGGCUCAUGGAGUUGACCGAUCGUGACUCGAGUGUCAUGAAAGUUUCCGCCGGAGAGCAUGCUAUGUGGGACCCAGUGGUGAACACCUUCCGUGCCUUUGGCGAGUGGCAAGACGUGUCUCUCAUGGCGGGCGUGUCAGUGGUGCCUGAAUAUUCAUACGCAGAGACUGUUAUCAACAUGGCCCGCCAGGACACGGCAGAUCUUCUUCUUCUUCCAUGGAGCGAAACUGGAAUAUUGACUGACCGCCAGAAUGGUCUUGAAGUUGACACUGCAAGUCGUUUUGCCAAUGGUCCCUACACUGAUUUUGUUUCCAACAUUCUCACGCGGGUUCCAGGUCAUGUGGGUAUCUUGAUCGAGCUCAGCCCAGAGUCUCAUUCUGCCAAACGGCCCACCCCCCAGCGCUCGACCAGUGGGUUGAGUAUUCAUUCUGCUUGGUCACGACCGGCUUCUGGAAGUCGUUCCCGUCAUAUUGUUCUUCCAUUCUUCGGUGGUGAUGAUGACCGUUUCGCUCUUCGUCUUGUUCUGCAACUUGCUCAGAACGACCAGGUCACCGCCACGAUCAUCCAGGUCGCUGGGCUGUACCCAGACUCGACUAAAGCCGGUAUCUCGACAUCCAUUUCCUCUGGGACGCAUGCUGGAACACCAAGUAGCCAGUCGGAUAUCGUGUUCUUCGAAACUCUGCGUGACUCUAUUCCGGAGGAUCUGAAAGACCGUGUCAUUUUCCAACAAACUAGUGCUCAGGAGACGAUCAGUGACCCGGUCCAGCUGGCUCUGGCUGCCGUGCAACAUGAUCUCGACCGCACUCCUAACAAGCGUGGUAGUAUCGUCGUGGUUGGAAGACGCAGUGGUCCUAGUGAUGCUAGCAUUUCCAUUGAUCUGGGCCCGCACAGCGUCGGUUCCGAUACCCAACGUGCCCUGGGACCCGUGGCCUCGGCGAUGGUGCAGCCGGAGAACAAGGUCUUUGGUAGCGUGUUGGUGCUACAGGCUGGCGUCAGCUCUGACGUGCUCGAUAGUUAUCGGUGAAUUUGAGAUGCCUACGGGCACUUGGUGAUUUUUGGGAGUUUUGUUACAUCAGGAUAUGCAUCUUUUGUUACAGUUCCGUUUCUUAGAAUGUGGAAUGAAGUCAUGAAGCCUUUUCCCUCUUAUUAUACAUAGCUGGAAAACCGAGACUGGCGUAGGGUACAUUGCUUUUGCUUCAGAGUAGAAAAUGACAAAUGAGAAAUUAGUAUGAUAUGUAUAGCCCGAUGGGGAAGGGACGCCAGGCUUAUGAAAUGCAGGCGUUCGCGUGUGGGUAUAUUCACACCACAUUGUAUG